AUGUCUAUCAAAGUCGACGAUGCGGAUCCGAGCAUCACGUACUCCACUGGCUGGACGUUCAAUAUUAGCAGUGCCCAGUACGAUGAUACUUACCACGGAGCUACCAAAGCCGGCAUGACUGCCACCUUCACUUUUACUGGUAUAUCAGUUGCUGCAUACGGCUCCCUAGGGUCUUGGGACGUCUUUGGCAGGCCGGUGACGUCGUACACAAUCGACGGCAACUAUAUUUCGGCAUAUCAAGCACCCAUCGUUGACCCUCCAUACUACACGGUUAAUACCUUGUAUUUCCAGUCAUCGGAGUUAUCGCAGGGUACACAUACGCUGGUCAUCACGAACCUCAACGGGACGCCACCGAGCGAAUUCUGGCUCGACUACGUCAUUUAUCUUCCGGGCGCUGCUACGACCGCCCCCGCCUCUACCCCCACGACGGACUCUCCCCCACCUCCCCCCGCGACUACGCCACUGUCGUCCAGCCCCAGUCCGACACCACCGGGCACCUCCCCGCCUCCCGGCAGCCCGCCCGAGUCUUCGUCUUCGUCACCAUCCCUAAAUUUUCCCAGCAGUCCGUCCGCUAAUUCAGGCCCAACUUCACCAGGUGCCAGUGCCUCCACUGACCUAUCCUCCUCGUCAAGCAACCAUCCCACCUCUCCUUCAUCCUCCCCGUCGCAUAACUCCUCCACUGAGCUCACCUCGCUCACCCCAGGAUAUGCCGCCUCGUCGCCCAGUGCGUUCAGUCAUUCGGGAGGCACAAGUUCUGCAGCGGAUCAUUCUUCGACUGGCAUCUCAGCUGCGGCAUCAAAAUCGAAGACACCUAUAGGUGCCAUAGCAGGUGGGUCGGUCGGGGGUGUGGUCGGACUCGUCGUUCUGCUUUUGCUGUUCUUUUUGUUGUGGCGGCGGAGGGGACGCCGUUCUGGUGAGGACGUCCGUCCCUUCGCGUCCUGGCGCCACGAUCCGGAACCGGCGAGGGUCCCUUUCGUAUAUCACAAAUCACCCCUCCCAGGCACUUCCCACAAUCCUCCAGAGAUGGUGGCGACUGCGUCUGUGAGCUCACCGGAGUCUGUGAGCUCUACUAGCUCUGGCUCUGUCCCCUCGCAGCAACAACCUGUUGUAAUAUCAGAACUCACGUCUGUUGUAACACACCAGCAUGAAGACUCUGGUGUGCGGUUAGCGCCGGCACCCGUGGUCGUGGAGGUACCCCCCGCGUAUACUCACGCAUGA